CUGGCUGGCGUGAUUUCAACAGCGCAUUUCUCAGUUGAAAUAGAGAUAUUUCAAAAUUGAAGGACAGUCUCAUUUAACAUUUUACAGUAAGUUACUUUGUCCAGAAGAUAUAUCAAAUACAACUUAGUCCAUACGGUUGGACUAAGUUCAGUUAGUUAGUUGGGUUGUUUUUUCGACAGCUAGCCCAGUGGGAUAGCCACUCCUGUCUGUAUGAAUAUUCCUACUACUCCAAGUUAAACUGUAAAGUUCAAACAACUAAGUGUACGAGCUGAAAGCAUGACGAGUUUUGCCGGUAAGGUAUUUAGUCGUGCGGAGAGGCUGUGCCAGCACCUGCCGGUGGCUCUCAACACCUUCCUGGUGCUGUCCAUCACGGCGGAGGUGAGCUACCUGGUGCUGCUGGACCCGCCGCUGCAGCAGGAGGACCGGGACAAGGACUGGUUCACCUGCUGGAAGGCGCUGCACCUGCUGGCCCAGUACUUCAUGCUGGGGAACAUCUGCUGGAACGCCCUGCUCUUCAUCAAAACCAGCCCCAGCAUCAAGGGGGUUUUCCUGGGAGGAGACGGCUUGGGUCAGGGCUGGAGGUACUGUUACACAUGCGAGACACACACUCCUCCACGCUGUUCCCACUGCUAUGACUGCAAAGUGUGCGUGCUGCGACGAGACCACCACUGUGUCUUUUUUGGUCAGUGCGUUGGCUUUCACAAUUACCGCCACUUCGUCAGCUGCUUGCUGUUCAUGUGGAUGGGUCUCCUGUAUGCCAUGGUGAUGAAUGCAGAGGUUUUCAUCGUCAUACUGAAGGAGGGUGUGACAGUGCACAGUGUCCUGCUGCUGCUCAUACCCUGGAUCAUGCUUGUUUCAGGUCAGGUCUCAGCACGUGCCUUUGCCUUUGCCUUUAUUGCUGAUACAUGCGUGGUUGGUUUCCUGCUGGUGUCCGGCUUCUUCUUCUUCCAUCUGUUCCUCCUUUUUCGGGGUCAGACCACCAGGGAAUGGUACUCACGCCGCCGCCCCUACAGCCUGGGACUCCUGGGGAACAUGCGUCACAUGCUGGGCCUCCGCUGGUACCUCUGUUGGCUCUGCCCGCUCAUCCCGUCACCACUGCCUGGAGAUGGGAUACACUUCCAAGUUACAGGAUCAUUGGAACCUACCCGGUAACAGCUGGAGGCCUUAACAGCUCAUGAAUCUUUACUUUAGAGGUGCUGGUUUAUGCUAUUGGGAGCAGCAACUGGGGAGAUUGUGUUGGAUCGAAAAGAGGUAUCUUGGGAUGGUAUAAUGCUGCAAUGCUGUGCCAUUGUUUUACUCGUUACUGGUUGUAAUUGUGUGCCAGUAUCUGCUGUAGCUUUCUGGUGUACUGACAGAAAAUCAGGGGUUUUCUUGUGAAGGUAUAGUGAUCUUGAUCUAGAGGUAAUCCGUGCACUAAUUGAGGCUGGCCUCACUGUGUUAAACAGCAAUGAACAGUAUUCCUUUGAAAUACUGAGCACUGAAAACAUGCUGAAAUAAGAAUGUGUUUUAGGACUUGUGAAAACUGAUUUUAAAUCUUUGGUUAACAAGCAUUCAAAGCCCUUGACAAUGACUCUUGGGUGUGGUUAUAUUGUCUACUUGUUGUGUUUUGAACGGCUUGAAUCUGGGUCUUAUGCAGAUGUGAUUUGCACUGUUCCUGAUUAUAAAGGAUGCCAUUGUUAGCCUCAUGUUUGCCGUUUUAUAUUUACAGUUUGCAUACAAUGCACUUGUGUUCUCCACUUCAUUGUAUUCACUUCUGCACUAGCGCUGAGUUUAUUACAUGUUUUUUUCAUUAGAUAGACCUGUCGGGUCGAGCAGUGGAAGCGUGGAGACGGGGUUCACAGUGAAGUCUUAACACCUACAAUUUUAUUUAUUUUUUUUUACCCCUCCCCUGCAUGUGUGUGUUAAGUGUACUGCUGCUAAACAAGUGAGUUUCCCCAUUUAGGGAGAAAUAAAGGAUUAUCUUAUCUUAUACAAGAAACCCUCAAAAUUACACUAGGAAAGAAUGCAUAAUAUUGCAUAUUCAGUUUACAGACAUAUGAUUUAUCAGGGUUUCUGAAGCUGAUCAUCCGCUUGCUUUAAGUUUACAUGGUUAACAUAUUUCACUCCACUUGUCGUCAACGGGACUUCCAUUAACUCACCACUGUCCUUAUUUUCUUGUUUUGCACUUUGUGCUUCUGCAAAUUUCUUCCUGCCUUAAAGUGUAGCAACAAAUUACAAGUCUUUCUUUUGAAAAAUUCUUCUACUUGUUGCCAAGUUUAUUAUCAGUAAUAUUAAAGACAAAAAUUGUAUGUUUUUAUUUUUGUUUUACCAAAAAUGUCCACUUUUUUUUGAUUGGUUCUGUUUCUCUGGUUCUGUUUCAAGGUGUAUCAAUAAACAUUGUGAAGGGA